GGGUGAAAAAUCACAGAAGAAUUGUGAGAAAACCGUCACACACAGGUACAGACACUAUAUUAUGAACUACACUAACUUUACAGCCCCUGUAGCAUAGUCAAAUAAAAGAAAAUUCCUGGAAUACCCCUUUAAUUCCUUCAUCUAAUGAUUACCAUCUAGUUUGCAUUUCCUAGACAUGUGUACGCACUGCAGGUGAAUCACAUUUGGGUGUAGUCCCUGUCGGACCGGCUUCUUUUUCCUGACAGCUCCUCUUGUUUGUGCAUCUUCAAUCUCCGGGAUGAUCUUUCCAUUUGUCCUCACAACCUGUGUCCUCCUCUUGACACCGUAGGGUAAUAGGUUGGACUUGAUGGACCCUCUUUGUCCUCCCCCCCCAACCUUCUGAACUAUACAACUGUGUGACCUCUUUGUCUCCUCUACCUUCGGAUCGUAUGGAGUUGCUGUCUUUGUCACGUUUCAUUGUCCACUCUUUGGAUUCUCGCGUACUCUCGUCUUAUGAGUAGACAUGUUUCCCCGUUUGUUCCCUACACAGCUGAGUUUAACCUUUGUCCUGGUGUGUAAAUCCACCCUCCCCUCCGUUCAAAAACAAAUAGUCACCUAAACGCUUUGUCCACACUGACUGCUCUUCUGAAGGGUUAAUGUCUUUCCUUCUGGCCCGUCUUUCGGUGGCCUUCUCAUGUCUUUCUGUCUUUGGGUGGUGCUUAUAGUCAUUAAAAACUAGCUAAGCAAGUUCUAGUUACCAUCACACCCACUGAUAACGCCCGAACUAGCACAGAGCAUCAAGAUCCUGAUACUUUUCAUACAAAGCCUUGGGAACCCUAGGACUACGAUGGUCUAGAGCCAACCUGCUGGUGGCCAAUCCAAUCAGCUGGUGGGAUCUUUACAGGAAGACCAAGAACCAUCUUCAGGCUUGGACUUGGCCUUUCUGGACCUGGCCCAGGAUAGUUCCUGACAGAAGCUUUUCUUAACCCUACGGUGGUGGAUUGUCAGCACAAUGGUUAUUCAUUUUCAAGACCAACAUUAUGACCAGCUCAAGAAACAGUGCCGUCAGCAAAGCCGUCUCUUUGAGGACCCCAAGUUCCCGGCAAAUAACCAGUCCCUUUACUAUAGUAGGAGUCCUCCCGGAAAUGUAGAGUGGAAACGCCCCCAGGAGCUUGUUCAGUCACCUCGUCUGUUUUCUGAAGGGGGCAUCAGUCCGCGGGACUUGCAGCAGGGCAGUCUGGGUAACUGCUGGUUCGUAGCGGCCGUAUCUUGUCUGGCUGGAGAUCCUUCAAUAUGGAAGAAGGUUAUACCUUCUCCUGAAGAACAGGACUGGCCUCGCUCCGGAGGAGGUUCCCCACAUUCCGGCAUCUUCAGGUUCCGAUUCUGGCGUUUUGGUCGCUGGGUAGAGGUUGUUAUAGACGACCGUCUGCCGACAUCUGGAGGGGAGUUGAUUUUCUGCCGGCCUGGUCAGAAGGGAAACGUCUUCUGGUGUUCCCUACUUGAGAAGGCCUAUGCCAAACUCAUUGGGAAUUAUGAGGCCUUGGAUGGAGGCAGCACUGCUGAAGCUCUCAUUGACUUUACCGGUGGGGUCUCCGAGGCCAUCAGCCUAAAUGAAGGGAAUUAUGGGUCGGAUGCGGAAAAGAAGAAGCUGUUCAAGUCAUUGAUGAAAGCGCACGCUCGGGCAUCUCUUAUUUCUGCCUCCAUCAGGCCAAGCCCCAGUCAAGGUAUUGAAGAAGUCCUCUCCAGCGGCCUCGUAACCGGUCACGCCUACAGCGUUACCGCCAUUAGGAAUAUCGCCCUACACUCCGGACUGUUCUCCCUUUUUCGGACGCAUAAAUUACGACUCAUUCGUCUGCGAAAUCCCUGGGGGAGCGGAGAAUGGAAGGGAGCCUGGAGUGAUAAGUCGGAAGAAUGGAAGAAAGUGAGUCGAAGACAGAGAGAAAAGCUGGGGGUCACUGUGGAUGAUGAUGGAGAAUUUUGGAUGAGUUGGGAUGACUUCUGCUUACACUUCACCGAUAUCACUCUCUGCCGACGAGUCAACACUCACCUUCUGAGCACUCAAAAGACGUGGAAAGAAGAAUCAGUUUUCUCCUCUUGGAAGCAGCAUUCGGAUCCCCUGAAAGACAGGAGUGGUGGAUGUCCAAAUAACAAGGCCACUUACCUACACAACCCACAGUUCUGCUUUGAUGUCACGUUAGACCAGGACAAUGUUCUCAUCUCUCUGGAGCAGGAGGACCGAAGAACCCAACGUACCGCAGGAGGAGGCGAAAACCUACCCAUUGGAUUCUUUGUCUUUAAGGUAGAGAUGAAUCGCAAAUACCGUCUACAUUGCACGCCCGCUAAAGCUACAUCUUCAACUUAUAUAAACUCCCGUAGCGUCAUGGUUCAUACUGAGCUGCUGAAGGGGCGCUAUGUCAUCUUGCCGACCACUUUCCAACCAGGGCUAACUGGAGCCUUCUUCCUGCGGGUGUAUACAGACCAUGCAAGCCACCUAAGGGAACUGACACAAGAUGCUCCUCGGCCAUCCUGUAUGUCCUUCUUGGUGGGCACUCUGCGAUUGGUCACCUCUAUUACAGUGCAUGCAGCAUCGGGACUGUCAGUGCCAGGGGGGAGCAGAGACCCCGCAGUUUAUGCUACAGUUCACUGUGAGGGCAAAAAAGUGACCUCAAGGAGUGUCAAGGGCCAGAACCCAGAGUUUGACCUGAAGGCAGUAUUCUACCGUAAGCAUGAGAAGCGACCGGUUAUUGUGCAGGUUUGGCUGUCUCGCUGGACCAGGGACUCUCUCGUGGGUACUGUGUCCAUUCCAUGUGCCGUCGGAGAAUCCAACCAAACCUCAGUCCUGAGACUUCAGAGGAAGGACUUGACAUCUGCUGGAUUCAUCAUGGUGGAGACAUCGAGCAGCUCAGACCUGACUGCACUCUGACUCUUUCCACUCUUUCAUGUCGUCCUCUCAUUUCCCGAUCUAACCACCUACUUUCUUGCUAUAUUUUUGUCUUCCUCUCCCCCUCUUUCCUGUUCUACAGUACUGUCAGUCAGCACUUCCUCUCCAGUUCUUAAUACCUUUCGAAUA